UUGUUUAUUAACCUCUUUAGGAAUGUGAUCUCAGUCACAUCCUCUUACUCUCUCUUCCUCUUAGCUCUUCCAAGGGACGGACCACCAAACUCCAGAAAUUUGAUGGAAGAGCUUGAAGAUCCUACUCCGUCACCGUCACCGUCACAGUUGCGGUUAUCUGAGUACCGGAACCGUGAUGAUUUCAAGGAGAGGAAAAGGAAGAAGAAGAAGAAGAGUGAGGGAGAAGAUUGUGAGAGGCAGGACCCGCUUGAGGUGCUUGGCUGGGACCUAAUGAUGAAAAUACUUAGUAAUUUAGACGCACGCAGCGUGGCACUUUCUCUCCUUGUUUCGCGCUCUUGGAACCUCCUUGCUUGUAGUGAUCGUCUUUGGACCUCUAAGUGUGAAGAACUGUGGCUUGGAAAAGCUCACAUACCUCGCUUGUCACAGGUCCGGGGACUAUCCAAGUUGGCUGCUUAUUCACUAUCUGUUAUGGAUGCCAAACGUACGCGUAUCAUGAGGGAUGAUCUGUGUGAUCAUGUUUGGGAGUUUCAUUUUACUAAGGUGGCUCCGGAAUAUUGGAGAAAUCUCGAUCCAUAUUGGAAAGGCACUGGCCCUCUUAUGCACCGGUAUUUUCAUCAAGAUGGAAGCCAAAGUGCUGAUCCUGGUGAUAGGGUAUGGGGCGGUCAUGAAUGCUGUUUUUCAGUUGUAACUAGUUUUAUCGGUGAUGGAACGAUCAGGGAGCACUAUGUUAGGAUAAACCGAUGGCCCCGGCUGUCUGUGUCAAGAAAACAGGACUGGAGCUGGGAAAUGUCCAACCACCUGUUCUGCUACUCCAGUAUUCCUGAUGCCUACAAAGAAGGUGGGACUGGGCCACUCUUUUUGGUUAUCUGAAUAUGUGUCUGCAAAAUGUAGCUUUUCUCAGUUUAGGAUAUUCUCUAUCCACCAGGAUACAUAUCUGUAGUAAUUGGGAUUGUGUAAAUUCUUAUGUUUGUAUUUUAUGUAAAUAAUGUGGUGGUAACUAA